AUGUCAUUACUUAUCAUAGCACAACAGUUGAUGAUUUAUGGUGGGAUAUUUGAGGGUGUUGUUGGUUUAAUUGGCAAUGGAAUUAACAUAUUAGUAUUUUCAAGUGUUCAACAAUAUCGUAGAACUCCGACAGGAUUUUAUUUUCUGAUUGCAUCGGUGUUUAAUAUAAGUUAUCUUAUAAUCAAUCUACCAUUUCGUAUUCUUAUAGCAGGUUUUGGAAAUGAUAUAACAACUACCUCACUUUUGUACUGCAAAAUUCGUCCAUUCUUUUUAACAACUCUUUGUUUAAUCAGUUUAAAUUGUUCAUGUUUAGCAACAAUCGAUCAAUUUUUUACAACAUCACAAAAUGCUUGGAUUCGUAAUUUAAGUAGUAUCAAAUGGUCACAUCGAAUAAUUGUAUUUGUAAUAUUAAUAUGGUGUUUACAUGGAAUUCCGUUUUUAAUAUAUUUCAAUAUAUCGCCAAUAACACAUUUAUGUAUUAGUACUAGCACUCAUUUGGCUAUUUAUUUUCCAGCCAUAUAUAUUCUUACUCUUAAUUGUGUUAUUCCAGCUGCAAUAAUGAUAUUAUUUGGCUAUCUUGCUUAUAAUAAUAUUCAGAAGACAAGAGUGCUUGUCCAACAUCAAGUUGAUCGACAAUUAACCAGAAUGGUUUUAAUCAACGUACUACUUGUUAUUACUAGUUAUGUACCAUAUGGAAUUGAUAAUAGUUAUCUUCUGAUUACAUCCGAUUUUAUCAAAGAUAAAAAUAGAUUACUUCUUGAAAAUUUAUUUGGAGUAAUAGUAAGCCUGCUUUGCUAUUCUUACUUUGCGGCAAGUUGUUAUAUGUUUUUAAUUUCAUCAAGUCGUUUUCGUCGAGAAGUCAAAGAAAAACUGUUUUUUUGGCGAACACAGAAUUUAAUAGCUCCACUUGAAUCAUCGCAGCCUAAAACAAAAUCUUUCCACACAGAACCAAAAAAAUAA